AUAGUAUUACUUUUGUGCUAGGAAAAGGCAAAUAGGGUAGGGGCAGGAGGAGGGGAGUGAGCGAGGUUUAUCUUCCACUGCAGCAUAUCGAAAUUUUGGUUCCCCUUUGAUUCCAACAGAAUGCUUUACCCUCAAUAGUCUCUAAUCGAACACGAAGGAACCCAACAGCCAUGUCCACAACAAUCCCAACCCUCUUAUCUCCCACUCUCUCUUUCAAACCCGCAUUCCCUUCUACCCAAUUCCAACCCUUCAGGACCCAAGUCAGACGAAAACUCAUCGGCUUUUCCGUCAAAUCCCCCACCUUCCCUCUGGGGAGGAUUUCAGCGCUAAACGACAAGGGCAGUAACGGCGACGUUUUGACUGGGUUGGAUGAAGCAGAGAAAGAGGCGCGAGGGAAUAGCACCAUGCCCGAACGCUUUAGGUACCUCACCAAAGAAGUUCCAAGUCCUCCUGUUCGGUGGCCAUGGCUUGUGGUGGUGGCUUUUCUUAUCUAUGCUUGGAGAGCUGUUCUAUUUGAAUUGUCAAACUGGAAGAAUGCUGCAUUGGCAAUUGCUCGUUUUAUAGGAUAUCUCUUCAAAUACGCGUUUGCUAUAGUCUACCAUUUCAUAGGAAGUCCAAUCACGUUUUCAAUUAGAUGCAUGGAGGAUUUAUUUUACACAGUUCGGGCUUGUUACUCUUGGAUAAUUGGCAAUGCCCCUGUACCAGACCUGACCCUCAUCAUUGUGCUAGCAUCAACUGUUUUGGCCAUUGGUGAAGCUACUGUACCAAACUGCAUCAACAACCAACCUUAUGUUUUGACUGUAUCUGGUCUUAUUGGCUAUGCUGCUGUUAGAGGAUAUAUAUCUGAACCUUUGUUCUGGACCCUUUUGCUUGGGGUGUAUGCCUUUUCAAAAUUUCUCAAGAAGAGAGAUGAUGUUUCAGCUGCAAUGCCAGUGGCAGCCGUGCUUGCUGGUGUUGGGGAGCCUUGGGUUAGAGUUUUGGUGAUUAUUUCAUACACGGCCUUAGCCAUAUAUCAGUAUUCCAAAAUGCCUUCAGAAGGGAAAGAAGCUGGAGAAGAUGAAACAAGUGAGAUGAGGCUUCCAAUUCCACUUCUUCUUGCAGCUUUCGCUAUUGGUUUGCGAGUUGCUGCUAAGUGGGCUGGGUACAGGCACUUGACAUGGAUGAUUGUAUGAUUACUGGUCACUAGCAGUGUAUCUUGUCCAAAGAAGAAUGAAUUUUGGUGAUCUAUAAAGUUAGGUAGGGUAUGAUAUAGAUGGACAGAGGGUGUUAUUCUGUUCUACAUGAUGCAGUUAUGGUAGUGUUCUUUGCAUGCUUUAAAAUGAGCAGUGAAUCCCUAGGUUGUGCCUGUGCAUAUAAGCUUCUUGUCAGAUUUCAGAAAAUGUACUAUGCAAUUUUGAUUUGCGGCCAGUGCAGCCUAAAUCUUGAUUUUUAAGUUUGACUA